UAAGAGCUAUCCGUUUAAGCGAGUUGAUGUCGUGAAUAGAGCGGUUAAGAGAUAUCCGUUAAGAGCUAUCCGUUUAAGCGAGUUUAAAUUGCAAUUGAGAAAAAAGGUUCUCAUCCAGUCAUCCUCCUUUAACUUAUAAACAUGCUACUCCGACUUUAGUCUUCACUAAUCACUAGUCACUACCAAACGCAGUGGCAUAAUACUCCUAACUUCCCAAGUAACGCAAACCAAGUCGUUUGAACCCUUUUCUCUGCUUUUCAUCUUCUCCAAUUUUCAAUAACAAACCCAGAAAUUGAUUCCUUUCAACAAAAGUAACCCUUGAAUCCAACAAGAAAUAUCACCAAAACCCAUAUUUUCACAAGAGAGAAUUCAUAUUUUCAUUCCCCUCCCCAUUAAAAUCAAAUGCUAUUACCUUCAAUUUCAUCAAUGUCAUUUUCUCCACUAUUUCCACCAUCUUCUUCUUCUCCAACUUUUCACAGAAAUUACAGCCUCUUUUAUCAUCAUCACCUUCUUCCUCAUCAUCAAUGUCUGAAACCACUUUCUCACAACAACACGAAUUUGACCCUAAAAGCAAAAUCCCACUCCCUUGGGCCGGCAUCUUCCUCUUUGGAGAGCGAAGUUGUGGAAGGAAUUGCCGAAAUUGUAGCCGAAGCUGGGGUGGAACCACAAAUAGUAUCGGAAGAAAUCGCUUCGAAGGCGCCGCAAUAUGCGAAGAUGUUGAGGGAUAGUGUCGCGGAGCUCGACGAGCUGGCGCUGUGGAACUCUUGGAUGAAGGUGGAAAUGGCGGCGGCACCCCUUACUUUGAAGGAGAAGAUUAAGUACAUUGCUAAGGAGAAAGGUGAUAAUGGGAAAAUCCCUUAUUUGGAGAGUCUUGGGUUGAGUCUUGCUUCUGCUAUUCAUCUUGCUCGCCUUCUUUCAUCUCAGUCUCUUUCUUCUCUUAUUCAAAAGGUUUUGUAUGUCAAGGAAAUAUGUUUUUCUGGCAGUGAUGACAAAAGACAAAUUGGCAAGCGUGCCCGUCGUAUGAUGCUCUACCUUUCAAUUUCAAUAGAUGAGGAUUUGCAACAAACUUUAUCAUUUUUUGAAAAGAUUGAAGCAAGACGUGGUGGUUUGAAUAUGUUAGGAUCCUUCGACACUUCUUUUAGGUAUCUCAUUGAGUCAUUUCCUCGCAUUCUUUUGCUAUCAGUAGAAUCAAAUAUGAAACCAAUGAUGAACUUCAUGGAGAAUGCUGGAGUUCCAAGAGAAUGCAUGGGAGAUGUUUUACUACUAUUUCCCCCACUAUUUUUUCGCGACAUUGAAGCAGAAAUUGGAGCUGGAUCGUGGACAUUUGAGAUGGUUGGAGCACUGGACAAAAAAUUAGGCAGGAUGUUGGUGAAAUAUCCUUGGGUGUUGUCAAAAAGCAUCCAGAAAAAUUAUAAUGAUAUUUUGGCUUUCUUUGAAACUGAGAUGGUACCAAAAGUGUGCAUAGAGCGAGCAAUAAGGGAUUGGCCACUUCUGCUGGGCUGUUCAGCAAGCAAGCUGAAGCCAAUGAUAGAAGAGUUUGAUGACCAGGGUGUGAGAACUACAAAACUGGGUAAGGCUAUAGCUACAAGUCCUCAGCUUCUACUGCGGCGACCUGAGGAGUUUCGGAAGGUGGUUAUUUUUCUGCAAGAUGUGGGUUUUGACAAGGAGAGCAUCGGUACAAUCCUAGCUCGGUGCCCUGAAAUUUUUGCAACAAGAACUGUGGAAAAUUAUCAGAAAAAGCUUGAAUUCUUGACCAGCUUGGGCAUAUCAGAAAAAGAUCUCCCUCGGGUGAUAAAGAAAUACCCUGAGUUUUUGAUAUCUGAUGUGGAUAGUACCGUCAAGCCAAGAUUGAGGUACUUGAUGAACGCUGGGUUAACUGAGAGACAUAUUGCUACAAUGAUUGUACGCUUCUCUCCUCUUCUUGGGUACAGCAUUGAGGAAGUGUUGAGGCCAAAGUUGCAGUUCCUGGUCUACACCAUGGGCAAGUCAGUGAAGGAAGUUGUGGAUUAUCCCAGGUAUUUCAGCUACUCAAUGGAAAAGAAAAUAAAGCCAAGGUUUCUAUUGCUAAGAAGCAGAAAUAUAAACAUUAGCCUGAAAGUUAUGUUAGCCAAGAAUGAUGAUGAAUUCACCACAGAAUUCUUGGCCAUUGAAAGAACUUUUGUGUCUGAUAAGUAGAACGGUCUAAUUUCAUGGUCUGAUCUGUACAUAUCUUAUGCCAGUUUUUUUUUUUUUUUUUUCAUAUCAUAGGAAAAUUAGACCUACAGUAGUAUAGUCUGAAUACCAUCAUGUUCUUGUGAAUAUGUAGUGAAUCAAAAAUUUUGUAUCAUCAUGUAUCGUAUCUGCAAAAGUUGUGUUAUCAUA